GGGAAUUAGUCUUCCAGUCACGUGAGCAGCGUCUCCACUCCUCCUGGUCUUUGUUGUGGCGGCAGACACCUCCUCCUCUUCCUCCUUUCCCCACUCUUCCUCCGGCCGGAAGAAGAACAGCAAGGAUGCUUCCACGUAGCGUCCGCUGCGCUCCUUGAAGCUUUGCCGAGCUCUCUCCCCCGUCUUCCACCAUGAUGGCGUCGGGCACGGCGCUCCGGUGCCUCGUGUUCGCGUGCGUGUUGUCGCUGCUGCUCGACGUGCCCGAGGCGCGUGCGUCCUACCAGCCUGAAUGUAAAAACAAAGACUGUGCUGCAGGGGCGUCCGAGAAGAAGAGCGACCUUAGGGUGUGUGACGAGUCGUCGUGUAAGUUCGGAGGCGUCUGCAGAGACGACGGCUCUCAGCUGAAGUGUGCGUGUCAGUUCCAGUGCCAAAAGAACUAUGUGCCCGUGUGCGGCUCCAACGGAGACACGUACCAGAACGAGUGCUACCGGCGCCAGGCCUCCUGCAAGCAGCAGAGGCUCAUCUCCAGGGUGGCGGACGGCCCGUGUUCUCCUGAUGCAGGCUCAGGUUCAGGGGAUCCAGAUGACCAGGAAGGUUCUGCUUCUGACGUGAGCAGGAAGUUCUCCAAGUGCAGCACGUGUAAAUAUGGAGCAGAAUGCGACGAAGACUCUGAAGAUGUCUGGUGCAUCUGCAACAUCGACUGCAGCGGUCACAACCAGAACCCUGUGUGCGCCACCGACGGCAACUCCUACAACAGUCCGUGUUUGGUGCGGGAGGCGUCCUGCAUGAAGCAGGAGCAGAUCGACGUGGAACACCUGGGACGCUGUCGUGCUGACAAAGACAAAGUGGGCAGGAUAGAUGACGGUGGCCCUUUCAAAGUAAAUGUCCUAGAGACCACCGGUUUGGAGCACGGAGACAGCUUCUAUGGGGGCGUGGCCAUGGCUUGCAGCGACUCCUAUGCUGGGUUUUGUCUCCAUGGUCGCUGUGAACUACACUACAACAUUGCCACCUGCAGAUGCGAGUCGGGCUACAAAGGUGUUCGCUGCGAUGAGCUUCAGCACUUCAACGUCCUCUACGUGGUCCCUAGUGGACAGAAGCUGCACUACGUCCUCAUCGCUUCCGUCAUCGGCGCCGUGCAGAUCGCCAUCAUCGUCGCUGUGGUGAUGUGCAUCAGCAGGAAAUGUCCCAAAAACAAGCGGGGAGCACGCCGCCACAAACACAACGUGGGCGGACACUUCUCGUCCUCUGACACAAACUCUGGGAUGAUUUAACCGCCAUCUUUUUUGUACAAGAACCUUUUUGUCCUGGAACUCCUGUGGGACACUUUGUGGAAUGUGAUCAGGAAUGUUUGGACCUCAUUGAAUGUUGAUCAGCGCUGAAGACAUUGUAAAAAUCAUCAAUCGUCAUGCUUUCUUAUUAUCGCUGUGACUUUGUUGGCAUGAUGACUGCUGUCAAGUGUCCCGUGUGUCCCAGACCGUCCUCAAACGCAGCUUUUCUUUCGCCCUGCUGUGGAAUGUGACCCAAUACUUAUGUGCUGCAAGCAAACUGUCCACCAGGGGGUGCUAAAGUCUCCUUCAGACCUGACAUUUCCACCUAUUUAAGCCAAAUCCAAAGCACUAAUUUACAUUGUUUGUUUGCAUCAAUCAACCUUUUUGUUGUGCUUACUUUAAAAAUGACUCAUCCAAAGAUAACUAAGAUGCUAAUAGCAUCCAGUCUGGAAAACAAAUUGGUUCAACUUUGGGUUAGCGGUGAUGCUAACUAAUGUUAGCUCGACUCGCUCAAAAGACAGCUGGCUUGUGUGCUCGAGUCAUUUGAAGCGGUCAUGGCUGGUCCACACCGACGCUAGCUAAACCAUUACCUUAGCUAGCUAUGUGGUCAUUUGCAGCCGAUGAAAAGCACAAAUGUUAAAGAAGUGAAUUCCAGGGACAAUCACGUAUGCUCGUUGUAUCUCGUAGGACGUUCUAGAAUUGUCCACCACGUCUUUUCAUGUCGUACUGCGUGGACAUUAAAACUGUUAUCUUUUUUUCUUUCUGCUUUUUAUUAUCACCAGCAACACCCGUCUCCCCCCGACCUUCCCCUUGUCUCGUCUCGUGGGCGUGUCUUAACGUUACUAAAAAGUCUUGAAGUUGUUGCAUGGAUACUUUUGGAAUUAAUCAAAUAAAUUUUCUUUAUAAACAAACAAA